AUGUACCGUCAAAUUUUAGUAUCGGACGAAGAUCAACCUUAUCAACAAAUUGUUUGGCGAUACAAUGCCGAAGAUAAAAUACAAACGUACAGGUUAAAAACUGUAACGUACGGUUUAGCUUCCGCCUCAUUCCUAGCUACCAGAUGUAUCAAACAAAUUGCUCUUGAUACACCUAAUCCUAAAAUAUCACGCAUUUUACAAGAAGACUUAUAUAUGGAUGAUCUUUUGUCAGGUUCGAGUAAUUUUUCAGACGCAAUUUCAAUUUGCAAAAAUAUUGCGUCAAUUUUACAAUCCUACGGAUUUAACUUGAGAAAAUGGAAUUCAAAUUCUUCCAAAUUCCUUGAAGAAUUUCCCGAGCAAUGUUCCUCGGAAACAAGCUUUGAAAUCAAUCGUGAUGCACACGUUAGUUCUAAAGUGUUAGGUUUAUUUUGGAAUUCAACAAAUGAUACAUUUGCAUUCAAGGUUAAUUUAUCACUUUCACCACCCUACACUAAAAGACGGAUUCUAUCGGAGUCUGCACGUAUUUUCGAUCCUUUGGGAUUACUUGCACCUUGUGUAGUUACAAUCAAAAUAUUCUAUCAAAAGUUGUGGCUUAUCAAGGGGGAUUGGGAUUCACCCAUUCCGAAGUUAAUGGAAACCGAAUGGUUAAAGUUUCAGGCAUCAUUCAACGAAAUAAAUGAUAUCACUAUUCCUAGAAGUGUCACCAUUGAUUCAGAAUGCGAAAUUGAAUUACAUGGUUUUGCAGACGCGUCAUCGCUAGCAUACGCGGCUGAAGUUAGUGUAAAAGAUUUUAAAAUUGUGAAAGACGCGUUUUAA